GCAUGGCGGACAAAAGAGAAACGACGAGUUGUUCGUGUUUGGAUACGCUAGUAAACUGUUCAGAGACGAUAAGAUAGCAGAAUAUCAUGAAGAAGGCAGACAUCUUAUUCCUUGGCCAGGAGACGACAGUCUUCUUAUAGACAGGUCUGUUGUAAGAAGAUUGUUUAUUUUACAUCAUUGAAAAUAAAGUUGUGUUGAAAUGGUUAAUGAAACGAUGUACAGUAUUUUGUGUAAAAAGAAUUCUUUCUAGGGAUAUUGAGAACUUUCAGCGGUGCAUAAAUGAACUUUCGUUGUCCAAAGCAACAGAUUUCUUCGGCUUUCAACAAAAACGUUCAUUGAAAAUACCUAAAAUCGAAGAGGAUUGAACAGGCAUAUUAGCACAUUGUGAGAUCCAAUGUGCUUUUUCAAUAUUUGACUGCCUUUUGAUAUAUGGGAAGGUAAGUAACAUAGGGAUAUGGAUAGCAAAUGAAAGACAAGAUGGAGCCGUUGGAUGUCUUCACUGUACUUGUAUGACUGUCGUCUUCUCUUCACGGAGAAAUCCCAGUUUGAAUCCAAGGCUGAAAGUCUCUCCCAUAGUCUUUCAUUGGAAGAACAGGAAAUUAAAAGGCUGUGUGAUGAAGAGAGGUACUUGGAACUGCACACUAACUUGGAAGAACAAGAAAUAGAACACGAGGAGGAAAUGAAGAGAUUCAAGGAAGCUCUUUCACAAGAUGGUGCCUAUUCAUCAGUAGGAUUUAGUUAUGAUAACAGUGAACAGGAGAAUACUGCAGAAAAUAUGCCUCCAUCAGCAAGUGGCACUCAUCCGCCCCAAGAGCCAACACCCAGUCAAGUAGUAGAAAAAUUUGUAGCUCCAGAAGAGUUAGAAGUUCCUGAUGGCAUGGAAAUUCCUGAUACAGCCAAGAUGAAUGCCAUUAUUGAGAAAACAGCCGUGUUUGUCAGUGGACAUGGCACACAGAUGGAGAUCCUAGUAAAAGCAAAGCAAGCAGGAAAUCCUCAAUUUGAUUUUCUUAACUUUGAUAACUGGUUGAAUCCUUACUAUAAACACAUGUUGAAGUACAUCAAGGAAGGAAAGUAUGAACCAGUAACUCAACCAGCAUCGCCAGAACAGCAACAAGAACCUGAACCAGAAAGUGAAGAGGAAGAUUCAGAUGGUGAAUUUGAGCUCCACCCCUCGUUGACAGCAUCCCAUCGCAGUGCAUCUUGCACUCCAAACUCCUCUGCUCCCUCAUCUCCAGCACCCACUACCAACAUAGGAGACCAGUACAACUAUCCAUCAAGUGCAGAGGCCAGUGUGGUGUCAUAUCCUCUAGAUGCCGCAAGUAGUGGGAGUAUACAACAGUAUUAUUCAACAGUAUGGACCCAACAUAAUCAAGUUGCGGGCGGGUAUCAUUAUGCAGCAAGUGGAAGUUCUACACAUCUUGUAGCAUCAGCGCCAAUUAUGACAGCAGCAGAUAUGCUACCUCCUCCACCCCCUCCCCCUGGGGAAGGACCACUAGAAGGUGAAUGGCUAGGAACAGAUGCUACUCACGUCCACCAUGUACAGCCUCAUUCACACUACCCUACCCAGAAUAAUAUUAACCCUGGUGUCAUGCAGAAUGCCGUACACCUAAUAGGUGGACACCCAGCCGUCAUGAUGACGUCAACAGCCCCAGCACCUAUAGUACCACCCUCUCCUGAUAUCCAACCAAUUAUUGACAAACUAGCUAUGUAUGUGGUCAAAAAUGGACCUGAAUUUGAAAACAUCAUCAAGACUAAGAAUGACCCAAGGUUUGCUUUUGUCCAUCCUUGGAAUGAGAACCAUCAGUAUUAUGUGUACAAGAAGCGGCUUUCUUAUGAGCAGAUUGAACAAGAGAGAAGGAAAGCGGCUACCAAAGAAACUAAACCUACAGCAACCCCAAUCAGUUUCUCUAUCAAACCAAAAGAAGUGUCCAAACCAAAGAUAGAGUACAGAACAAAUGUGAUCUUCAAACAGAGCUGUGAGACAGGAGAAAGUGAAGAUGAGGAAAAUAAGGAAGAUUCAGAUGAAAGCUCUAAUGGGAAUGAAAGUGAGAAAGUGGAAUCAAGUGGGACAGAACAGAAGAUUGAGACACACGUUAACACAGGGUCACCUGUUGCUGAUCUGGAGAUGCAGAUGAAAUCAAUAGAAGCUGCAGAAAAAGAAGCUCAAAGACUAGAAGUAGAAUCCCAAUCCCAAAGAGAAAAACAGCUUCAAAUAGAAAGAAAGCGCAAAGCAUCGCUGUUCAUUAGUAUGUUGAAGAAAACAUCUGGAGCCGAGGAACAAAACAAAGGCUCUGAAUCAGACAAGAAAAGCAUUGAAAGUAAUGGCAGCGCAAGAAGACAUUUUACUGAAAGCAAAAGACCAAGUGAUACGAAAAUCGACAUGUUUGAAGAGAAAAAGGCAAAGUAUGAUGGUGCACUCUUAUCUGGAGUAGGAGCACCGUCGCCUGAUAUCAUCAAGGCUACUCAGGAUCUAAUGGCCAAGGUCCGAGCUGCAUCCCGUACUAACAGAUGACGUACAAAGAAAGGGAACAAAAGGUUAUAAACCCUCAAAAGUACUAAUGUACUAUAUGCACACCAUCAGAACAGACAACGAAAGUCCACAUCAAGCAUGGUGCUAUGUACUGUAUAGUGUCAGACAGGACAAGAAUCCCGAGUCUACAAGGCCUUUGACUCUCCUACGAGCAGAUGUCUCAAAAGAUAGUAAAGGUUCAGAGAGAUCAGGCAAUCUAUGUCAAACAUGGAAAUAUGCUACCAAUUCAAGCUGAUCAGGCAUUGUAGACAAUCUAUUGUAUCAAAGAUGUUAGAAGGAGCAGGCAAUCCAUGUACUAGCAUGGGCAUUGCAAUACUGUAUGCACCAGAAGACAUGUUGAUGUAUCUACAAUGUAUGGGUAAUUAGCCUGCAAUGCCAGGCUAAAGUAAAGAUGUCAGAUCAGUGAAGCCAA